GCUCAAUCAAAGCUCUCUCAUCAAACUACUGCGAUUGAAAAAACUCUCUGACAGUUCUCAGAUUUGAUCUUUGAUCGGAAGUACGCGGAAAUGGUUACUGAUGGUAGUCCUUGGUUAUCUUGGUGGGCAUGCCUAUGCGUUGCCUUUCUCUGGUCAUUUGCUUUGAUCCUUGUCACUGUUUUUGUUACGAAGAAAAGAAGCAGAAGUGCUGCAGAAUCUGCAGCUACUACUACUAAUGAUGCGUUCUCCCGUGGCACUGGUGGUGGCUGCAGAGUCGACGCCUCAUGCUCGUCCUUGGUUAGUGGCCAACCGGGAUAUGAGUAUGACGUCUUCCUGAGCUUCAGGGGAGAAGAUACUCGCAAGGGAUUCACUGAUGGCCUCUACACUGCUCUUGAAGGUGCUGGGAUCCGUGUCUUCAGGGACAAUGAGAGGCUCGGCAUCGGCAAGGAAAUUGGUCCUGAACUUCUGCAGGGAAUCAAGCGGUCUAGCAUCUCCAUACCCAUCUUCUCUGAAAACUAUGCAUCCAGUAAGUGGUGCCUCAAGGAGUUUGCCUUCAUGAUGGAGUGCAGGGAGGCAAGGAAGCAGAUCGUGCUUCCCAUCUUCUACGAUGUCACGCCAAACAUAGUCCAACACCAGACCGGGAGUUACGCCAGAGCCUUUCGGCAGCACGCCAAAAAGCAAGACCCUGAGACUGUUCAAAGGUGGAGGAGAGCUCUUGCAGAGGUUGGAUCUUUGAAGGGUUGGGAAUUAAAGAACGAGGUCAAUGGACAUCAAGGGAGAUUGAUUAAGAUGAUAGUCACACAGGUUUUGAGGGAGUUGAAGAAGGCUCAUCUUUGGGUCAACAACAACUUAGUAGGGAUCGACAAUCACAUGAAAGCAGUCAUGAGAAUGCUGAGCGUCGAUGCGCCAGAUGUGAGGUUUAUUGGUAUUUGGGGCAUGGGGGGCAUUGGAAAGACGACACUUGCUAAGGUCAUCUAUAACCAGAUAUUGGAUGAUUUUGACAGUUGCAGCUUCCUACAAGACGUAAGAGAAACACCAGGGCGCAGUCACAAUGGUCUUCGGCAAUUGCAAAGUCAACUUGUUGCUGACCUCUUGAAGUGUGACCGCCUGGAUUUUGCUUCCAUUGAUGAAGGAAUAAGUGUACUCAAGCGUAGGUUUCGUGAGAUGAAGGUCCUCAUUCUUCUCGAUGAUGUUGAUAGUGUUUAUCAACUCAAUGCACUGGCUGCGGAACUUGACUGGUUCGGCCAAGGGAGUAGAAUCAUCAUCACCACUAGAAACAAGGGCGCUUUAGAAGUCCCUCGGGAGCAUCAGGUCUUUGAAGUAAAGGAAAUGCAAGAAGAGCAGGCCCUCCAACUAUUUUGCAAGCAUGCCUUGAGGAGAGAUGCUCCCACGGUUAGACUGAGAGCUCUAUCAGAAGAAAUUGUCAGAAGAACGGGAGGUCUUCCUCUAGCUCUUGAAGUUAUUGGCUCUUUUCUGCAUGGUAAAAGUGAGGAUACGUGGAAGGCAACAUCGCAGAAGUUGAAGAUAGUGCCAAAUAACGAAGUCGAACACAAGUUGAGGAUUAGCUAUGAUGCAUUACAGCACGAACAGCAACAAAUGUUCUUAGAUAUUGCAUGCCUUUUCAGCGGGGAAGAUAAAAAGAUAGUGGCUCACAUGUGGGAGGAUCAGUAUAAAUUUUCUCCGGAAGCUGAUAUUGAAGUCCUGCAACUAUUGUCACUUAUUAAGAUUGGAGAGGACAAUAUGCUACGGUUGCAUGAUCAGCUUCGAGAUCUUGGUAGGGGAAUUGUUCGGCAAGAAAACCUUAGAAAACCAGGGAAGCGGAGUAGGUUGUGGGGCGAUGAAGCAAUUGAUGUGCUGCUGAACAAUCAGGGGUCGAAAAAUAUAGAAGCCAUCCGACUGGAAUAUCAGAUUGGGUUGGAGUGCUGCUGUUUUACACCUAGCCAGUUUGGGAAGCUAUCAAAGUUGAGAUAUCUCCAACUAGAUUGCGCUAAUCUUGCUGGCGAUUUUGAGAAUCUUCUACCAGCCCUGAGAUGGCUUCGGUGGAAAAUACCUUCACUCAACUGCACAGCGACAAAUUUGAAUGUAAAGGGCCUACUCAUCCUUGAUUUGUCAAAUAGCAAGGUCACGCAUAAUUGGAAUGCUUGGAACUCAAUUCAGAUGAUGACGAUGAAGCUGAAAGUUCUUAACCUCAGCUCCUGUACAGAACUCACUCGAACUCCUGAUUUGUCUCCAUUUUGCAACCUGGAGAGGUUAAAUCUAAGGAAUUGCAAAAGACUACACGUGAUUGACCCUUCCUUAUGUAAGCUUAAGCAUCUUGCUUCCCUCAAUAUGACAAAUUGUCGUUUCGUUAAGGAGCUUCCAGAGCAAUUGGACAGGAAGGAAACUUUGCUUGAACUUGUCAUUGAUGGAACUGGCAUAAAAAAGUUGCCUAGCUUGGAAGGUUUGAUGAAACUCAAAAUCCUGAGUGCCAACAACUGUGCUUGUCUGACUCAGAUUCCGAGUUCUAUUGGCCAUUUAACAUCUCUCGCAAAUCUCAGCCUUGAUCAAUCAAAAAUCAGUGAGCUUCCAGAGUCGAUUGGAUCAUUAGUGACAUUGCGACGGCUAACGUUAGCAGGCACUCCUCUGAGAGAGCUUCCGAAGUCUAUUGGGGGUUUGAAUUCAUUGGUCGAGUUGGUUCUAUCCAAGACAAGGGUGGCGAUAUUGCCCGAUUCCAUUGAGAAUCUGAUUAAUCUGCAAGUGCUUAAGAUUGAUCGUAGUUCAGUCCAAUCUAUACCUACUGCUCUUGGACAGUUAGAGAAACUUGAAUCCAUAGAUGCUUCAGGGUGUCAAUUCGUUGGACAAAUUCCAAUCGAGCUUGGGAGGCUAUCCCUUUUAAAGGUCCUGCUAUUGCGUCAUACAAAUAUUAGCAGCAUUCCAGUAACAAUUGGGGGCCUUCCUUGUCUUGAGACUCUUGAUUUAGCAUGGUGCACACAGCUUAGAACUCUCCCUGAGCUUCCCAGCAGCUUAAGUAGUGUGUCACUGACCUGUGAAUCAUCGGUGACAAUACCGAAUCUCCCUGAUUUGAUUAACCUAAAGAAGAUAGAAUUUGUCCGGUCAGUAGUUCCCAAGGAGAUUUUGGAGUUGCCGAAGUUGGAGAAGCUGCAUAUAUCUCGGUCAAAUGUUAGCAUCUUACUGGACGGAAUUGGCGUGUUGGCUAUGCUUAAGGAGCUUUCUAUUGGUAAUGUCAAUCUCCAAUGCCUUCCCGAACUUCCAUUGGGUUUGCAUAAGCUAUGUAUAUCGCGUUGUCAUUCCCUUGCGAGAUUGACAGUGCUUUCACAUUGGCAAAACUUAUCUGAAUUAAAGCUACACGACUGCCCUGAGCUUGCCGAAAUUGAGAGCCUCGGUGAUCUAGCGUCAUUGAGAACUUUGUCCAUUUCUUUCUGCCGAAGGAUAGCUAAACUUGAUGGCCUUGAUAAGCUGGAAUUUUUAAAAAGGCUAGAUAUUUCUGCAUGUGAAAGUCUUGAGAGGCUUCCAGAUCUGUCGAAGUUGAGUGCAUUGUCUUCGAUGGAUGUAAAUGUUUGUGAAAAGCUUGUUGAAAUUCAAGGCGUCAGCAGUUUGCAUGCCUUGACUCAGUUGACAGUUUGUGCGGCGUCCAUUGAAACAUUGAAUGUGUCAAACCUAAAGUCAUUGGAGUAUCUAGAUGUUCGAGGCUGCACUAGGCUAAAAGGACUUGAUGGGCUUGAUAAAUUGGGAGCAUUGAUGACAUUGACCGUUAGAGAUUGUAAAUCAAUUGAAAAGUUGCCCAGUCUGUCGAACUUAAAGUUCUUGAGUUACUUAUGGGCUGAUGGUUGUGAGAAGUUACGAGGACUUGAGGGGCUUGAAUCUCUGGAAAGAAUGGAACGGCUAUGGAUUUCAGGAUGUAAAGCAAUUGAAAGGUUGCCUGAUCUAUCGAACUUGAAAUCUUUGCAAUAUCUCAAUGCCUGUGGCUGUGAGAAGUUACAAGGACUUGACGGCCUCGAUAAAAUGGGUGCAUUGACAGAGUUAAAUAUCGGCCGAUGUAAGUCAAUUGAAAAGUUGCCCAAUCUGUCAAACUUAAGAUUGUUGGAAUAUUUUGAUGCUGAUGGUUGUGAGAAGUUGCAAGAAGUUGAGGGGCUGAAAAAAGUGGAAAAGUCACCAUCUCAGCCGGAGUGGAAAGUGGGGCAAUGUCUACGUGGUAAUGGUAUUGAGAAGUUACAAGAACUUGAUGGGCUUGAUGAAUUGAGAUCAUUAGGGCUGUUACAAGGUGGGACCUCUGAGAAGUUACUCAACCAAUCGAACAAUGGAGUAUUGAGACAAUGGUAUGCCGAUGGCUGCGAGAAGGUACCAGAACUCGAGGGGCUCGAAAACCUGGAAAAUUUUCACUUAGAAGUCUUUGACGAUUCAAAUCAAUUUACAUUCUAUAAAAUUUAUAAUGGUAGAGUGCCUUGCUAGUUUUUUUGAGGGAUGCAUGGGGCAGACAAAGGACUUCUCUCCUUUCCAGGUUGUUCAAUAGCAAGUGCUUGAAAGGGGUGGCCCUCAUGAUUGUAUGCAGAGGCAAGUCCUGACCAGCAAAUAUGGCUAAUAAUGGAGUCAAAAGCUGCAGAAUGGAGAGAACAUGAUCAGACAAAACCCAGGCAAGUACUUUUCGUAAGCAAAUGUGCAAUACUGUGAAAGCAGCUUCUGCGGUCCACACCUGGGAUGAUGAGGAGCUCCAUACUGGAGGCAGAAAAGAUAUCGGUCCUGAGCUUCUUGAAGGGAUCAGGCAGUGCGAGACCUGACAAUCUUUCAGUUGUUAGAUAAAAAUUUGGCAACUUCUAUGCAAGGAACAUGGGAGUGAUUUUUGCUUCUGGUUGCAUGGAAAGAAACACCAUGCUUCGGAAGGAUUUAUUGGUUAACUCUGGUCAGAAUUUAUAUUCGAGCUCUGUUGUUUUGGUCGUGUUUGUAAAUUGUAAUCCACCCUUUGUGGGUGAUGAAUUUGGAUUUUGGUGAUCCAAGAGAGUGUUCUCUUGAGUUCGGAUUGAUCCGAGAGCUUGCCCUUGAUGAAAAACAAAGUGUAAUCCCCAUCAAUCUAGUGGAAAGUUGAUAUGGACUCA